UCUUUCAUUUGUUUGUUGGAUUAAGUAGCUAUCUUAAUUUGGGUUUUCAUUUUUCAGCUGAAAUUUUAAUAAAAUAUUAUGUGAAAUCAACAGAUUAUGGUAUUCUGAAUUGUUUCAGUUCUGCUUAAUCGUGUAAUUUGAAAGAGUAACAAGUAUUUGGUGGCUUGGUUCUGUGAUUUUCCACUAUCUGGUGGCUCAAGUGUUUCCUUUUUGUGUCUUCUGUUUUUGCUUAUUAUCUGGUAUUCAGGUGAGUUUUAGCAGAAUUGGAUUGAUUUUGAUGAAGACAAAUAUAGGUUACUUUGUAUUUUUGUUUUAGUUUCUGCAAGAGUUUCUGGGACAACGUUGUAUAUCUCGAGAACUAACAAAGUUAAUCCUUAUGUUUUUAUCGUCUCAUUAGAGUGUUGUCUUGUUUCUUUAAGCUGGAACAAGUUGGGAAGAAUUUGUUUUUGUAUAUUGCGAUUUUCAAUGUUGAAGUUAGUCUGUGCCCUGGUUCCUUGCAAAGACUUAGACCCGAGGGCUGAAGACUCGACUUUCUAUCCAUUAUAAUCUAGUCUUUUACUGUAAACAUUUUAGUAAUGGUUGUUUCUUUGUUCAAUGUAAAAGAGUAAAGUAAUUGUGAUCCUUGUUUUCUUUUCAAGCGAGGUAAACUAUAAAUGCUCGGUUUUAAAAAACCGUAAGUUAACCUUCAAAUAAUGUGAAUCCUUCCCCUUGUCUAAUGUUCUAUUCUGCCUGUCUUUGUUCCUUCCGUUCUGCUCAAUUCAAGUGACUCCUUUUGUCAUUACAUUGUUCAUUCAUCUUCCUUCCAUCAGUUUCUUUUUUCCAAUUCACCCCUUUUGGAUGAUGGAUUGGUUCGUUCUUUCAAUAGCUUCAGGACAUUUGUUGAGUCUUUGAAUUUCUAUGACAUAACUACGUAUCUGCCUCCUGUAUAGACUUCAGGCUGAUUAAGGGUUUAUUCUUCUUUUGGAAUGUGCUUUUGAAAAACCUUGUAUUUUUUCGUAAACAUAAAUAUGGCCUUGUUCUAAAUGAAGAUUAGUUCAUUUUGUUGAUUUGCUUGUUGAAGUAACAUGUUAUGUUUUUGGUCCUUGCAGUGCAGAACCCUAAUGACAGAUAACAAUCAAAAUGACAGUUUAAUGUCAGUUGGUAGUUCGUUCGGAAAGCUUCCUGAUCAUCUGCUAAUAGAAAUUUUUAUCCGAGUUCCUGUCUCAGAGUGGGCACAAAUCUCCUGUGUUAAAAAGCAGUGGGCCAAUUUGUUUCGCGGAGAAUUCUUGUGGCAAGCUGCUCUUGCUAUGACAUUUCCUUUGGCUAGCCGAGCUAAAAGGUGGCCAGGACCUAUCCCUCGAGGAUUGAGCAAGAGGAGAUUUGAAGCUUUAUAUGUCAGUAAACAUAUUUUUGCUCUAGAUGGUGAGAUUGAUGAGAUCGUGGGCCAUAGUUAUUUGUUUCUAAAAGAGCAGCUUGAGCGUUCAACCAUGCCACCCUCUUCCAGUAUACUGCACGGAACCCUCAUAGCAGAUCAGUUUAUUGCUUGUGGGAAAUCGAGAGACAUGGCUCAUGAUCUUGCUUCCCAGAUCUGGCUGGCUGUUCUUGACAAUUUAGAGGAAAACGAGCAAACUUUUCAAUUACUUAAACGUCUUGCACAAGAAGCCGAUGUUUUUCUUCCGUACCCGUACUCAAGAUCGAUCAAAGUCCAAUGGAGGGUGUUUGAAAAACUCUUCACAGAUUUUCGCGACUGCUUCAAUCAUGUAGAUUACUAUGAUGUGUUGGCUUGUGCGAAGAACAAGUUUCAGCCAAUACCAUCGACUUGGUUAGGUUACUGAUCAACCUCAAAUGUUACUAUUGCCUGUGCCUCGCGGGCUAUCUCAUCUUGAAGACAACCGCCGUGGCUGUACCAUGCUUGAUAGGAUUAGAAAGAAACUGAUUAUAUUUGUACUGUUAAUAGGUGCAUGAUUCAUCAAUGUGAAAAAGAAUGACCAUGUAACUUUUUUCUUUUCAUUGUGAAAAUGCCCAUAUUACUAAGGAUAA